AUGGCAGCUAUUUCAACUGCAUGUUCGAAGUGUAUUAUUUAUGUAAAGGAGCUGAGAGCACAAGAUGCUACUAACAAGAUUCUGCAUCAACAAAUUGAGGAGCUUAAAAACAAAGUAAAGCUUCUAAACGAUACAAAUGACAAAGUUCUGGAAAAACUCAGUGACAGAUUAAUGAAACUGGAGGACUAUAAUGUCAAGAUGAACGAUCUCGAGAAACAGCUGCAGUAUGUAGUUGGGCAACGUGAAAUUAAAAGAUUUUCACGCAGAGAAGUUAAUAGCUUCACUGAUAAAGAUGUAAAACAUAUUCACCCGCAGCUUGUUCUAAAGGAUAAGAAAAUAAUAGAAUUAAAUAAUAUGGUAUUAGAAAAGGAAAAGCAAAUUCUUGAUCUGCAAGAAAUGUGCCGUGAACAAAAGGAACUAGUGCAGGCAAAAGCUAAAGCUUCUCACAUUAUGCAACAAAGACUUGUGGAUUUAGAAUCGCGAACAACUCGGGAAGGUUCUACAGAGACGGAAACAGCAUAUCUCUUUGAUUCCUCAGUUUUGUCAUCUCGACCACAGAAAGAAUAUCAGCGAGACUCUGCGUCACCUGGAUGUGCAGUUCAGCUGAAAAUAGGUGGCUCAGGUUCUCCUCCACCAGUAGAUCCUAGUGAGGAAUACAGCUCCAUUGCUCAGGAUAAUAUCCAUGAAGACAUCGAUGGUGACGAUGCUAAUGUUACAUCGUGCAGCUUUCAAAAGAAAAAACAGAGGAAAAAAGUUACAUUCUUCUUACCGCCUCAGAAAGAAUUUAGGGACGGCAAGUGCUUUUUUUCUAUUUUUGGUAAAGACGUUGAUGACGAUAUAGCACAAGCAAUCAUCGACCUAACAACGGAAAAUGAUCAGUUGCGAAAAACAAUUCAGAAAAUGGAAACCUGUGCCGACGAUACACGAAAUCAAAUCUGCCAGUUGCAAAUUCAAUUGGAUGAAGCAAAUCGAGAAAGUCGAAAUCAGGUGCUGAAAGCUCGUGCUUCAAUGCAGAGUAAAGUACGGGAUUUAGAAGAUAAAAUUGCAUCACUUACUGCAGAUCAUGCAGUAGAGACUAAGCUUCUAAAUGCAGCUACUGAAACGCUUAAAGCUGAUCGAGAAUGGACGAUGGAGGAGAAUACUCGUCUACUAGAGCUUCUUGACUCAAGACAAGAAAAAUUACAAGACGCAUGGGAAGCAAUAGAUAAGAAAGGAAAAGAAUAUGACAAAAUUCGUUCAAAGUUGCUGAACGAUCGAGCAUUGAUUGUUCGGUUGGGAGAUGAUCUAGAGAAGGUGCAAGGAACAGCUAAUGCUCUCUUGGAGCAAAAAAUUUCUAUUCUUGAUGAUGUUGAACGGUUGAAAGAGGCUUUGGAAGCACAAGAUCAGUACAUUGAUUUAUUGGAGAAAGACACAGUCAUAUACGAAAAUCAUAUCGGAUUAUUGAGAGAUUCAUUGGGUGCUUCGAAAAUUGAAAAAAGAGAAUUAAUAAAAUCAAAAGUUUCCGAUGCGAAGUUGAAGGCGCUGGAGCAAGAAAAAGAUAAGAUUAAGCGAAGACGAAAUGGUUAG